ACUAUAAUUACGAAAAACUAAAGAAUGGCGCAUUUUUCUGUAGUUUCACUCACCCAAGUUGUUUUGCUGUUGGUUUUGAUUUGUUGGACGCCGAGUUCGACAGGCGCUGCCUUUUCCAUGGAAGAAGAAUUCCUACAACUGAAUGAAAAUUAUAUUGAAAUGAAACAAGUCGUGAAGAGUUUGGAGGCCAAAGUGGAACAACUGAAAAGUUUGGAGGACAAAGUUGAUCAACUAAAGGGCUUGGAAUCGACAACGAUUGAACUGCAGGCCAAAGUGACUGUACUGGAGGCCAAAGUUGAACAACAAGAUUCGCUUUUAACUUCCCUUUUACGAGAGAAAAAUGAACGCACAGCAGCAACCGACAUUAUUUCUGUUUCAAUUAGCAACAAUCAAUCAGCUGUUGCCAUCCCGGGACUGCCGUCUUCUUGCGGGGAUCUCAAAAUUAUUGGCCACACCCUAAGUGGAUUUUAUUUCGUCAUGGGAUCGGCGAAAAUGGAAUCCGUUUACUGCGACUUCACUAAACUCCCUGACGAUGCGGAUUUCCAGAAAUGGAUUGGAUACGCCGACGUCAAAUCGGCGCCCGUCCAUUUCUACGUCCAGAGAAAUUCUGAUUUUGACACAGAAAACACUCCGAUUACGUUCAAUUUGGCGCGGGUGAACGAGGGAAAUGCCAUGGAUUUGGCAUCGGGAAUAUUCACGGCACCGCGACCGGGAAUUUAUUUCUUUUCUUUCGCGGGAGUGGCGGGUCUUGGUUCUUCAUCUGCUGUUGAUUUUUAUUCCUUUCUUUAUUUGAACGGGAUUCGAAUCGGGGUGAGUAAUGUUUAUGAGGAUAACGCCCCUGUUCUUCAAUAUAGUCCGUUGACCUUCCAGUCGACGCUGAACUUGAAAAAAGGCGAUCAAGUCUGGGUGCAGUUCACUUAUAUUGGUUCCUUGUAUUUGCAUUGUAUUGCUGACGACGGUAACCACCGGACCCAUUUCACGGGUUUCAUGUUAGAGGAGGAAAUUGUGGCGUCACUUUGAGGUUUCCGGUUCAACAUCCAAAACGAGCGUCGACACGAAAAUGUUUUAAGGGAAAUGUUGGGGUAAGGGCAGAUAAUUCGUUCGAUUCUAAUUCAUUAAAGGGUAGUGAUUUCUUUACAAAGAUUUGAUAUGUAUCUAUCUACACUUACUGAAUACACUAAUCAAGUUUGAAGUUUCUAUCUUUAAAAAUGUAGACGCAAGAAGU